UCAAAUUAUGGAAUCUCUAGCCAAUGAUCUUUAUAAAAAAUUGUCCGAUAUGUUUUUCGCGAAACUGGUACAAUCGAAGAAUAAAGAUACCAGCACUGAUGAUAUAGAUAAAAUUACUAAAGGUAUGUCAAAAUUAUCAUUAAAUUUAGCAAAAAUGGCAAAAGAGCGGUUUAGUUCAAAGAAAAGACAGAGUCUUGAGAAAGCAAAGCUUCAAGUUUCCAACUUAUCUCUGAUUCAACAUACUUCACAAAAAUCACAAAAGAAAUCAG